UCAGUACAAAUAAUCCCAAGUGAGACUUAAUUAAUGUAACGAACUAACGGCGGAAAACAAACAGGUAUUUCUAACUCAUAACGUUUCUCCGAAGAAAAUAUUAUGGAUCGAGAGAAUAAUUGGGAAUAACGGCAGAUAAGUUGUAGCCAAUCCAAGGAGCGUAGAUACGCACCGUGACAGACUACAUUGCCAAGCGAUUAAAGUUUUAAUUACAUUGCUAAAAUUCUCUUAACUGUUUUUUCGACACAUCGCAUUAUCUCAACCCGCGUAAAAAAAAAUAAAAAAAAAAAAACUUUAACUGUUGAGUCUUUCUUUUAAUACGCGCGCAUUGGCGCUCUCGUGAGUUUCACUCCCAUACGUUCACCGGAAGGAGAAUUGGAGAGAGGAGGCAAACGUACGAGACAUCGUGUGUGGGAUCAAGGCAUAUAUCGCUGUAUAAGUUCGCACGAGUUAGUGGUCGACUGAUAACCAUGAACAUCAGUUUUGAAGGAAAACGCAUUCUCGUAACCGGCGCUGGUCAAGGAAUCGGCAGGGAAUUAGCUCUUCGUCUCUCGAAAUACAAGGGACAAGUGUUCGCGCUGUCGAAAACGAAAAAGCACUUGGAUAGCUUGGUGGCAAUUGAUCCGAAGAUUCAGUCUAUCUGCGUGAAUCUUCGCGACUGGGAUGCGACUAAAACGGCCGUGCAAAGUGUUCUGCCGAUCGAUCUAUUGGUCAACAAUGCUGCUGUCGCGGUCCUUACGCCGUUCUUGGACGCCACGCCCGAGGGAUUUGACCUGACUUUCGAUGUCAAUGUGAAGGCUGUAUUGAACGUGUCCCAGGUUGUAGCCAAGAGCAUGAUCGAGCGCAAAAGCGGCGGCAGCAUUGUAAAUAUAUCAUCGCAAGCCGGUCAGGCGGCAUUGAAGGAUCACGCGGUUUAUUGCUCGUCGAAGGGGGCCCUCGACAUGUUGUCAAAAGCAAUGGCCCUCGAACUAGGUCCGCAUAACAUAAGAGUCAAUAAUGUUGGCCCUACAGUCGUAAUGACGGAAAUGGGAAAAUUGGGUUGGAGUGAUCCGCAGAAAGCACAAAGCAUGAUCAGUAAAAUUCCGCUAGGUCGAUUUGCUGAAGUGGACGAGGUAGUGGAUCCUGUUAUAUAUUUAUUGAGCGACCGAAGUUCCAUGAUCAAUGGCGCCUGCUUGCCCAUCGACGGUGGUUUCUUAGCUGGAUAAGCAAAAAUUCAGGAUCACAUCCUCUUUAUAUAAGCAAGAAAAAGGAACAUUCUCUUUAUUACCAUUUAUUUUUAUUCUUAAGAAUCAAUCUUAUCAAAAAAUCUUACAACAGUUAGAAAACUACUUUUUCUGCUAAACUCAGCCAUUAUUUUAUUAUGAAUAAGAUAAUGCAUGUUUUGUUUUGCGCAUAAAAGAUUCAAUAAAGAUUAUUGUGAUGUAAUUGUAAUGAGUUUAAUUGAUGUAAAGUUUCACGGGAUUAUCAUGGGCAGGAUAAAGAAAUUGAAAAACUCAAAUUUUGUUUGUUUCAGUUUAAUUUAAAAAAAUGCUUCGUUUCUUCUUUUCUUUUCAUCGUCAACUAGGUUCGACAAACAGGCGGCGACAGAGAAAGCCGUGAACGGACGAGACGACUACUCACGUCGGCGAGUGUGUGUCUCUUUCCCACGCAAGUAUCUUCGAAAAUAUUCUACCCCAAUACUAACGCACGUAUAAUUAUAUAAUUUGCGAGCUUUCCUCUGCCGUGGCUGCAUUCAAACUAAAGAACGCUUUUUUUUCGACUCCUAAUUUGCUCCUACGGUGAACGUAACGCGGUGGAGAAACUGA